CAGAGUUCUACCUUGUAAAUACUGUUAUUUGUAUAUACUGUAAAUGAUGACAUCGGUGGGCACUAACCGAGCCCGGGGGAACUGGGAGCAGACACAGACACAGAGCCAGACACAGCACAAGCAGCGGCCGCAGGCCACUGCGGAACAGAUUCGACUUGCACAGAUGAUUUCGGACCACAAUGACGCUGACUUUGAGGAGAAGGUGAAACAACUGAUCGACAUCACGGGCAAGAACCAGGAUGAGUGUGUGAUUGCUCUGCACGACUGCAACGGAGAUGUGAACAGAGCCAUCAACGUGCUGCUGGAGGGCAAUCCGGACACGCAUUCCUGGGAAAUGGUCGGGAAGAAGAAGGGUGUCUCGGGACAGAAGGAGAGUGGACAGACAGAACCCAGUGAAGAAAGCAAAGAAAACCGGGAGAGGGAUCGGGAUUUCAGCAGACGACGUGGCGGGCCACCGAGGCGGGGGCGAGGUGCCAGCCGUGGAAGAGAGUUUCGGGGCCAGGAGAACGGAUUAGAUGGUGGUAAGACUGGAGGAUCUUCUGGAAGAGGCACAGAAAGAGGGAGACGGGGACGUGGCCGAGGCCGAGGUGGCUCUGGAAGGCGAGGGGGAAGAUUUUCUGCCCAAGGCAUGGGAACUUUCAACCCGGCUGACUAUGCCGAGCCGGCCGGCACGGAUGAGAACUACGGGAAUAGCAACAACAACACGUGGAACAGCACUGGGAGCUUCGAGCCGGAUGACGGCACAAGACUUGAUUUCAUUGGGGGUGAGGGGUCAAAUUAUCCCCGAAAAUUUGACACUGCUCCUGGUGCGUGGAGGGCAGCGACAGAAGAGUGGGGCACGGAGGACUGGAAUGAAGAUCUGUCUGAGACGAAGAUCUUCACUGCCUCCAAUGUGUCUUCAGUGCCUCUGCCUGCUGAGAAUGUGACAAUCACAGCUGGACAGAGAAUCGAUCUUGCGGUCCUGCUAGGAAAGACGCCCUCUUCUAUGGAGAAUGAGUCAACAAGCCUGGAGUCAUCCCAGGCUCCUUCCCUGGCCCAGCCGCUGGUGUUCAGCAAUUCCAAGCAGAGUGCUAUAUCCCAGCCGGCCUCUGGUAACUCCUUCUCUCACCACAGCAUGGUGAGCAUGCUGGGGAAAGGGUUUGGAGAUGUCGGGGAGGCCAAAGGCAGCAGUACCACAGGUUCUCAGUUCCUGGAGCAGUUCAAGACAGCCCAGGCUCUGGCUCAGCUGGCUGCUCAGCACACCCAGCCUGGUGGGAGCACCACUGCUUCUUCCUGGGACAUGGGAUCCACCACGCAGACCUCGUCUCUCGUGCAGUAUGAUCUCAAGAACCCAGCGGACUCUUCGGUGCAUAGUCCCUUCACCAAGCGUCAGGCCUUCACGUCGACUUCAACCAUGAUAGAAGUGUUCAUGCAGGAGAAACAGCCUGUGGUGACUGCUUCCACAACUGUGCCGGCACCCGCUUCCUCGCCGCUGCCCAGCAAAACCAAUCCUGUUCCCCAGAUGUCCCCAGGGUCCUCGGACAACCAGUCCUCCAGUCCCCAGCCGGCACAGCAGAAGCUGAAGCAGCAAAAGAAGAAAGCAUCGUUAACAUCAAAGAUUCCUGCACUUGCGGUGGAAAUGCCUGGCUCAGCGGAUAUCUCAGGGCUAAACCUGCAGUUUGGGGCAUUACAGUUUGGUUCGGAGCCUGUUCUUGCGGAGUACGAAUCGACGCCCACCACAAGCGCCGCCGUUAGCCAGUCUCAAAGCAGCCUGUACACCAGCACGGCGAGUGAAUCUUCAUCCACAAUUUCGUCCAAUCAAAGCCAGGAGUCUGGUUACCAGAGCGGCACAAUACAGACAGCAACGUUUACCUCCCAGAACAGCGCUCAGGGACCACUGUACGAACAGAGAUCCACCCAGACGAGGCGAUACCCAAAUUCCAUCUCCUCCUCGCCGCAGAAAGAUCUGACCCAGGCCAAGAAUGGUUUCAGUUCUGUGCAACCCACGCCGUUACAAACCACACAGGCCGUUGAAGGUGCUACAGGCCCCGCAGUGAAAUCCGAUUCCCCCUCCGCUCCCAGUAUCACACCUCUCAACGAUGGGGUGUCUGCGUCGUCCUUGCUGACGACAGCCAGCCAACACUCAACAGCUCUGAGCAGCCUGAGCCACAGUGAGGAGCUCCCCAGUACGACCACCGCCCAACUCAGCAGUACGUUACCCACCCAGCAGAACAGUCUGUCCUCAUCCACAUCCUCCGGGCGAACAUCAACGUCAACUCUUCUGCACACCAGUGUGGAGAGUGAAGCUAGUCUCCAUUCUUCUGCUAGCACUUUCUCCACCUCCUCCAGCACCGUGUCGGCCGCCCCGCCAGUCGUGAGCGUUUCAUCCAGUCUCAGCAGUGUCAGCAGCCUGGGCCUCAGCCUCAGCAGCAACUCCACAGUGACGGCCUCAACUCGCAGCUCCGUUGCAACAACAUCAGGAAAAGCCCCUCCCAAUCUCCCUCCUGGAGUGCCACCGUUGUUGCCUAAUCCGUACAUCAUGGCUCCAGGGUUGCUACACGCCUAUCCGCCACAGGUGUAUGGAUAUGAUGACUUGCAAAUGCUUCAGACGAGAUUCCCAUUGGAUUACUACAGUAUCCCAUUCCCUACGCCCACCACCCCGCUGACUGGAAGAGAUGGCAGCCUGAGCAGCAAUCCGUACUCUGGUGACUUAACAAAAUUUGGCCGAGGCGAUGCCUCUUCCCCUGCGCCGGCAACGACUUUGGCCCAGCCUCAGCAGAGCCAGACGCAGACUCACCACACCACGCAGCAGACGUUCCUGAACCCAGCGCUGCCUCCUGGCUACAGUUACACCAGUCUGCCGUACUACACAGGGGUACCAGGGCUCCCCAGCACCUUCCAGUACGGGCCCGCCGUGUUCCCUGUUGCUCCUACCUCUUCCAAGCAGCAUGGUGUGAAUGUCAGCGUCAAUGCAUCAGCAACCCCUUUUCAGCAGCCCAGUGGCUAUGGCUCUCAUGGAUACAGCACCGGCGUAUCCGUGACAUCCAGUAAUACAGGAGUGCCGGACAUCUCGGGCUCUGUCUACUCCAAAACUCAGGUUAGUGUCUGGGCUGUGCUCCGGGAAGGCGCCGCUUUGCUGGGGAGCGGAAGCGCAGCGCGGAGACGGCCUCCCUGGGCAGUGAGGUCUCCUCCCCUUGGAGCACCCAGCCAGGGAGACGGGAAACGCUCGGCUUUUCCCAACCUAGAGCAAUUCCAAGCCCAGAAGGAGCCGUAG